AUGAUAAAAUUUAAAGUAUCAACAACUAUUACUUUAUUAUUUCCAUAUUUCAUUGAGCAUAAUAAAACAUUUGGUAUUGGUAUGGGUGCUGUAUUUAGUUAUUUCACAGUGAUGACAGUAGCUACAUUCCUUUUGGCGGCAAUGAUGAACCCAGGUGCCAUUCAAAAAGCAUCGAAUACAGAAAUUCAAUUGGAAAAUGGCGAAAUCUCAACCUCUUUUGAUUCCGAAAGCAAACAGACAGACAGACCAGAAGAACAACCAAGAAACGAAAAAGAUAAAGAUUCAAAUUCGACAGACUCUGAUUCAGAUUCAAAUAGUGAUUCAGACUCUGAUUCCGAUAUCGACGAUAAUAGCAACAAUAACGAUUCCAUUUCAUUAAAACACUUCCCAAACAACAUCGAUUCAAAGUAUGGUAAACAAAUAUCAUACCAAUUCACAACAAAUUUUUGUAGUCCUUGGCUAGGAAAUUGUGUUGGUCUAAGAAAUUAUAAAUAUUUUAUUUACUUUUUAUUAAACUUGUCAAUUUUAAUUCUUUUGGUAUUUUCAACUUCGAUAUAUCAUUUGGUAUUGGAUAGUAAAGCAGUUGGUGGCAGCAGCAGCGGCAGUGACAAUAGUAGUCAUGAUGACAAUAGUAAUUCACAGGAUAUGUCCAAUGGCGAGGGUGAUUAUUGGAAAGUCAUCGAGCGACAACCUAUUUCAUUGGCUUUAGUCAUUAUUAGUUUCCUGGUAUCAUUUCCUGUGAUUGGUCUAUUUGGAUUUCAUGUACAUCUCUUACUAAUGAAUGAGACCACUCGCGAGCACAACAAGGAAAUCUUCAAGUUGAAAUCAACAAGUACAAAAGUUGAUAGUGAAAAUAAUAGUCAAAAUGGUACUGACAAAGGGGCUGACAACAACAAGAGCAACAGCGAAGGCUCAGAAUACUAUAAUCCAUUCUCACGUGAGACAAGUGUCCUUAAUAGAAAUAGCAUUAUCAUGUUUUAUUUAAAGAUAUUAAAUCAACUGACAACACCAGUUUGGAUUUUCGAUAUCGAUAAUAAGUCAUUGGUUUGGGGAAAUACAAAGUCAGCAGAACUCUGGAAUGCCGAAUCAGUGGCGGCACUCAUUACUCGUGACUUUAAGAGUGAUAUGUCGCUAGCGACAGAGUUGCGACUUGGUACAUACAAAGCCGAUUUUGAAGAAGGCAAGCGAAGGACCGAACAGUGGACGUUCUAUCCGGGAGGUCUGCAUCCCAUGCCAGUGGUCAUCACCUGCUCUGGAAUCAAGGUCACCCGUCUGGAAGCGGAGCAAUAUUUCACAGAGUUGGCACUAUCCCAAUGGCCAAUUGAAAUAAACGAGAGAAUGUUGAUGCUUGUCGAAGCGCAAUACAUCAAGGAGGCAGAAGUCGAUUCCAAUAAAGAGCUGCUUCGUUCAGUUGAAGCGAUCAGACAUACUCCUGUUAUGAUCUCACUCUUUGAGUUGGAGGGACAGCUUCUCAUUCACAAUCCAUCUGCUAUCGAGGCAUUUGGAAAUUGUUGUACAUUAUCCAGAGAGUUUAAAAUGAAAACUAAACUCGGUGAUUUCUGGCACCACGUAGACGCGAGAACCACUCGUGAUCCGGUCACGGCAAAGCGAGUGGUGGUCAUCAACCAGAACAACAUUCACGACAUCAAGCUAUAUAAUCUCACCGUCAAGGAGAAUGAAAGACGUCUUCAAGAGGCACAGGAAAUUGGUAACAUGGGUAGCUGGGAAUUGGAUCUCAGGAACAAUGUCACCAAGGCGUCAAAGCAGUUCUAUCGAAUCAUGGGACUCGGCCAGUGUUCAGAGUGGGACUAUCAACAUACAUUCACCGAGAUGAUGAGCAAAGGAUUUCUCGACGAUUGGAUGUCAGUGCUGAAGAAGGCAGUCGAGUCGAAACAAUCGUUUUUCGAAUACUCUCACUACGUGAAGAACAUUUCGAAACACGUUCAUGUCCGAUGCGAAGUGGAGUUCGAUCCGACCACUGGAUCUCCAAUCCGAGUUUUUGGUACCACCCAAGACAUCUCAGAGAUUCAAGCGGCCAAGGAGAAGCUCGAACAAGAAAGAAAGUUUGUCAAUGCACUGAUAGGUUGCUUGAAGGCUGGCAUUGUUGCAUGUAAUUCGGAAGGUGUCAUCACUCACUUUAACAAGUCUGCACAACGCUUACACGGAGUGGAGCUAAAGGAAGGUGUUGACAAAGAUCAUCUCUUAGAUUCCAUUCAUCCAUGCUAUCGAGUUCCAUCAAGCAAAGAAAUGCUACCAAAAGAAGAUAUUCCAAUUCUUAGAGUUUUAUCUGGAGAAUCUAUUCAAGAUAGAGAAUUAAUAUUAGUUCCUCAAAAUAAUAAUAAUAAUAACACCAACAACAACAAUAAUAAUAAUAAUAAUAAUAAUAAUAAUAAUAUCAGUGAAGAUAGUAGUGAAAAUAGUAGUGUUUCGAGUGACUCUGAUAAAAACUCGAAAUUUAAAAACAAAAAUAAUAAUCAACAGAAUUCCACAGAAUAUACAGUAUUAGUUAGUGGUCAAGAAAUAGUAUCGAGUGACGGUACUAUUAUAGGUGCAGUGGUUGUAUUACAUGAUAUAUCAGAUAUCAAAGCAAACGAAGAAGAACUACGUACUGCAAUCAAAGGAUCACAAGAAGCUAAUCAAAUUAAAAAUGAAUUUCUUGCUAAUAUAAGUCAUGAACUUCUCAGUCCGAUGAACUCUAUCGUUGGCAUGAGUGGAUUAGCUCUCGAUGUUGCACCACCUAACAUUAAAGAAAUGUUAACCGAUGUAGUCGAAUCAUCAAAAAUCCUAUUACAUUUAUUAUAUCAAAUUUUAGAAGGUCAUACAAUUCUAAGAAGAUAUCCAUUUAAACUUAGAGAGACCAUCAAAUCGGUGCUAAAGAUUUUCUAUCCUAGAAUCUUAGAGCAGCACAUCAUACUGAAAUGUCAAAUCGAUCCUUCCAUUCCAAAUCAGCUAUUUGGUGAUCAAAAUCGAUUGAAGCAAAUCCUAGCGAAUAUUUUAGAUAAUGCAAUCAAGUUUUCCAAUCAAAAAAAUGCAAGUAAGCAGAUUCUCAUCAAAGUCAUUCAGGUUGUAGAUGACACCAACAACAACAACGAUUCAUUGCUAUCACUGCGAUUCUCGAUUCAAGACAACGGUAUUGGUGUUCCAGUGGAAAAGAGCAAGUUCAUAUUCGAUGGUUUCUAUCAGGUGGACGGCUCUUACUCUCGCACACGUGGUGGCGUUGGCAUCGGACUGAGUAUCUGUCACAAACUAGUAAAGUUCUUCAACGGUAGCAUUUGGUUCGACAGUCAACACGACAAAGGCUCAACCUUUUAUUUUACAAUCAAGAUCAAUCGAUGCGAUCAACACUCACCUCUAUCGACACCGCCACUCAGCUCGCAACCACACUUUUUUACACCACCGAUCUCGCCUCGAUCGGUAUCACCCAACCACAACUGUUUCUUCAGUUCGAAAAACGACAUAUACAUUUCACCGCAGCUCUGCAAGGAUUUCAAUCUGUCGACAAGCAACGAUUCAAACGACAGUCAGUCUAGUUCGAAUCUAUCGACGCCAAGUCCAAUAUAUCCGAGUUUUGGUUCUUCAAAUUGGUCUCCUUCUCUCACAGAACUGCGGCUAUCCGACAGCAGUAGUGAUAGUGGUUCAUCGACAUACGAACACAAAGAAGAUAGAAGUCCGCGAAAAGUAUUGGUUGCCGAAGACAAUACGAUGAACCAGCGUCUCAUUCAAAAGCUGCUAUCGAAGCGUGGCUUCAAGGUCUCGAUUGCCAACGAUGGAAAGGAAGCACUCGAUCUCUAUGAAAGUGAAAUCGAGAAACAGAAUCCAUUCGAUUGUAUAUUGAUGGACAUCCAGAUGCCGGUACUCAAUGGUUUGGAAACCACCUCUGCAAUUAGAGAACGCGAGAAGCAAGAAGGUGGUCACACUCCAAUAAUAGCAGUAACAGCGCAUGCAAUGAAAGGAGAUAAGGAAAAGUUUAUAGAGGCCGGUGUUGAUGACUAUAUUAACAUAGAGGUAUAA